AUGGCCAUCGCCCAGAACGAAAACUCACAACCAACGACAUCGAGUGCUGAUGCUGCUGCUCAACAGCCCAUCCAAGCCAUCAAGCCCUUGUACUGCCAGAGUCCGUCUCACACGCCGCCUUUCCUCAGAAAUAAAGACACUCAUCCUUCCCUUCCAGUUUGUAGUUUCCCGCCCGAGUAUUGCGAGUAUGGGACGAGCAUAUCCAAAUGUAAGAAAUGGUUAACGGAGCACGACGAGGAGCUAUACGAGAAGCUGCAUGGAGGGGUCGAGAAGGCUCUGGAAAACAUGAGUGUGGAGGAGGUGGAGAAGAAAAAGAAGGCCGAGACGGAGGCGCUGAAGAAGGAGGCCAAGGAAGAGGCCAAGGCCAGCCGGAUGAAAGAGAAGUCGAAAACGAACAAGGUGACUGUGAAGACGGUGGAGCGGACGAAGCGCAAACGGAUCACGACAAUCCAUGGACUCGAUCUCUUCGGCGUCGAUUUGAAGAAACUAGCAAAGCUGUUUGCGUCCAAGUUUGCCACCGGGUCGUCAGUGACCAAGAACAACCAAGGCGAGGACGAGAUAGUGAUCCAAGGAGACGUCUCAGACGAAGUCUUGGAUCUGUUCGACUCGACGACCGGCAAGUUCGCUGAAAUCAUCGGCAACGGGAUCAUCCCUGACGACAACAUCGUCUUUGUUGACGAUACCAAGAAAAAGAAACCCUCGUGA